CAAACACAUCAUCAUGGAACAACGUUGGGCUGACAAAGUUGCUUUGAUUACUGGAGCCAACUGUAGCAGUGGCAAAUGCCUAGCAGAAUGUCUGGUUGGCAAAGGAAUGAAAGUUAUUGGCAUUGCCUCACAAGUUGACAAAGUAAAGGCACUUGCUGAGGAACUAAAGUCGAAGCCUGGAAAACUGUUUCCUCUACAGUGUGACCUUUCCAAUCAGAAUGACAUCCUGCGUGUUUUGGAAUGGGUUGAAAAGAAUUUAGGAGCCAUAGACAUCCUCAUCAAUAACGCUGCUAAUAACAUAGAUAUCUCACUACAGUCUGGUGAAAUGGAAGACUGGAAGAAAAUGUUUGAUGUAAACUUCCUUGGAUUGACUUGGAUGACCAAGGAAGCUCUGAAGUUAAUGAAGAAGAAAGGAAUUGACAAUGGUAUUAUUGUAAACAUUAAUGAUGCUUCUUGGUUGAAAGCACCAAUUAAUUGUGAUCGUCCAAUAUCCCCAGCUUACAUAGCCAGCAAAUUUGCUUUGAAUUUCUUGACAGAAAGCCUUAGAUCUGAAUUAGCACAACUUGAAUCUAACAUCAAAGUCAUUUCAAUUUGUCCUGGUUUGGUGGAGAGUGAGAUGACUGCUCAAUGGUUAAAGGAAAAUCCUCGUAUGGCUUUAAAACCCAAAGAUGUGUCUGAUUGUGUUCUCUUUGCGUUACAAUCUCCUGACUCAGUACUCAUCAAAGAAAUAGUUGUCUCACCAAUCCGUGAAGCGAUGUAAAAGAAAGAUAUCAUAUCGAUUAUUUUACUAACUGUUUAAUGUAAAACGUGAUAAUUAACACUUGUAAAUAUAACAAAUAAAAAUUUUUGCAAUAUAUACAUACAUACAAAUCAGUCUUUCUUCAUAAAGUUUAAUAUUGCUUCAUAAGAUAUUUGUAUUGAUCAAAGGCUGUUACAAACAACUCAGAAUCAAGAAGAAAAAUAAUUUAUUCAUUGAUCGUGUAACAAAGAUAUGAUAAGAUAUAUGAUAAGAAAGAAAAUAAAAUUACUAUAUUUAUGAAAUAAUAAAAUUAAAUAUAUUAGAUAUAUAUAUCUAAUAUAUGUAGAAUAUUUGUAACAAAUAUUAAUUGCAAUAAUAUUAGAUACAACCGAUCUUACAAAACGAUUACUUCAUAAAUCCAAGCAGCGGAACUCUGCCCUCCUAUUGAUCCUUGAUGGAUCAUCUGAACAAAACUGACAAUAGAUUAAUAAUAUCACAUUUUCUUCUUUUUCGUAUUACUUACCUAAAUUUCUUUGUUAUUAUAGACAUUGGGAAACAUUUCUUCACACUUUGUUAGUACCAAUCGAUUUUUAUUAUACGUAACAAAUAUUUAAAUAAAAUAUUCUUUUUUAACAUAAAAAAAAAGUAUACUUAGACCAUUCUUAUUAGAAAAUAUAUUUUUUGCUUUUAUUAAACUUGUAAUAUCAUGUUUUUAAUAUCAUGUAUUUCAUUUGAACUUUAGAAGAAAAUAAUUCGCGAAAGAGGGUGAAUCCAUACUCACGUAUAUUUCCCUCUUGCUUCCUUGUACAAAUACAUGAAAAGAAAUGUAAGAUCGAUCAAUAUUAGUUGUGUACUAAAUUAUAAAAAUAUAUUACUUUUUUAACAAUAAACAUUAGUUGAGGAAAGGAAUUCAGGAUAUAUCCAGAAACACUAUCAGCAAUAAAACAAUCAAACAUCUUUUAUUCCUGCUUCCUGAAACAGACAUUGACGAUCAGGAGUUUUAUAAAAUUCCUCUUAUCGUCGUGAAGUAACAAACGUAAAUGCGAAAGUCUCUAAUUGAACAGGGUGACUGGGUAACUGGGUAACUAUUAAGGAAUAGUUAAUACUACUAUCAGGAAACGGACAUUCACUCUUGUCAAUAAUUUUGUGAGAGAAACUUCUGUUUUCAGGAUUGAAAAAUAUCUGUGUCUAUAUACGUAUAUAGGUGUGUAAGCUGAACAUAAGGAUGGUGAUGAAUGAUUAAUGUAACCACACUAAAACAGAUCUUUCAAACAGACGAAAUAUUAUAUCUGUUACACACAUUUUAAGUUAGUCUCUCAAAAAGGUGGAUCUCUCUAAUAUCAUUUUUCUGAUUCUUUGACAGGGCAUUUUUGGUAUCGUUUAGAAGAAUUGCAUGCAGAACAAAUGUAUAUAUAUCGAAGGAACGUCAGAGAUAUUAAACUUGAACAAAUACCUUACAGCGAGUGUGUGCGAAUCAUCCGUUUUCGAUCAUCCGUGUGUUAUCCGAAAAAUGAGAUAUCCGACUAUUUUUAUUUAUUAUUUAUAUAUACUUUUUUUUUUAAUUCCUGUAUUGAUCCCGACAAGUGCAAGUCCAAAUCCCGUAUCUGACCUAGGCGAUUAUAAUCCAUGAAACCUAUUUGACGUAUAAACGAGCACAGCCACAAGUUUUGCUUUCUUUUUUUUUAUAUAAUUUAU